AUGGCCAAGAAAUAUCUGGUGUUGGCGGCUGCGGCGGUCGGAGUCGCCCUUCUGGCUGGGAUCAUCUCUGCCUGUGUAUUGCUGAUCGGCGGGGAGUCAGACUCCCCGGCUGCUGUCCCAGUGUUUUCCACUGGUGGAGACAUGUUGGACUACCUGAAGCAGAUGGGACACAUCGGUGAAACCGACGGCCUGUUGGCCACCUGGUUCCACAGAGCCAACAACAAGAGCGAAAUGAACAAAGCUCUCACAACUCCUGUCAUGAUCCUGGAGGCCGACAUCACUCUGGAGGGGUACGGGACCGUCAAUCAGAGCCUGGUCCCCAUCAUGGCUCAUCCGCCAGACAUCUACAGCGACAACACUCUGGACCAGUGGCUGGACGCCGUGCUCUCAUCUGACAAAGGUAUAAAACUGGACUUUAAGUCUCUGGAGUCCGUCGGCCCGUCGCUGGACCUGCUCAAUGAAAAGAACAACCGGACGAGAAUCAACCGGCCGGUGUGGGUGAACGCAGACAUCGUCCAGGGACCCAACGUUCCCAACUUCCUGCCAGCGAUCAAUGGAACCAGAUUUUUGGAAGUGGUCCAGGAGAAGUUCUGGGAUGUGACUUUGUCUCCAGGAUGGAAGGCGACGUAUCUUCCUCCGAUUUUAGUUGGAACCUACACCAGGACCAUGGUGGAAGAAAUGUAUGAACUGGUCAAAGAUGUCCCGCAAAAGGUGACGUUUCCAGUUCAUGCCAUGAUGGUCCGUAGCGGCUGGCAGCACAUCAGCUGGAUCCUCAGCCAGUCCUCCAACUACAGUCUGACUCUGUGGCAAGGUUCGAUCCACCCCCCUCUGGACGACUUGCUGUUCGUCCGGGACAACAGCCACCCUGCCAGAGUCUACUACGACAUAUAUGAACCUACGCUCACACAGUUUAAAGGAGCAGCAAGAAGCCAAAACCGAGUGAGGAGAUUCUAUCCUGGAGGAGAUCUGAUGGACUUCCUGCAUCCGGCUCAGCAUCUGGAGGACAGCUUCCUGUCGGGACGUCCGGACAGCCUGGCCGUGUCGUGGUUCACAGUGACCGAUGGGUCGUCCCUGUCGGCUCGCCUCGCAGAUGAGGUGGGGGGGAUGCUGGUCCUUCAUGUGGCUCCUCACGGUGAAAAGCCCCGCUUCCCUGUGGUGCAGCGUUCUGGAUCCCAGCCGCUCACGCUGGAGGAAGUUCUCCAGACGCUCGGGCAGCACCCUAAAGCCCCGUGGGGUAUUUACCUGAGGGUCCACUCCUAUGAGGUUCUGGAGGAUUCUCUGGACCUGCUGCGCUCGGCCUACACCACAGAGAGGCUGUACCGGCCCGUGUGGAUCAGCGUGGAGGAUCCGAACAGCAGCAACAGCACAGAGGACUUUGUUUCCACAGUGGAAAGGCUCUUCCCCUACGUGACUCUGGUGCUGGCCGAGCAGACAUGGCCGUCUGUCGUCCCGCCGGCGGUGUCCGGCCUGUCUCAGAGGGUGGCUCUGCAUCUGGACACGGCGGCGGUCCUGGGCGGAGAGACGCAGCGCCGCUCUCUGACCCAGCUGAUGGACAGAUACCACUUUAUAUUGGAGUGGAAGGAGGAGAGCAGGGCCGGAGACCUCGCCGUCCUGAAGGCGCUCAGAGAUCAGCACUCAGGGAGGGACGACGCAAAGCUGUAUGUGAUGUCUGAGGAGUCCUAA